AUAUCAUAAUAUUGAAUUAUUUGAUUUAAUUUGCACUGCUGAUAAUUAUUGGUCUCGAAAAUCGGAAAAUUUAACAAUCAAUAAUGGAAAUGUAUUAACAUCAACUGAGCAAGUAUAUAUUAAAGGUCAAGCAGCAGCAGCAUGGCAAAUUACAUUAGUAGUUUCUCAGAUUUUUCAUUUAUAUAUGUGUACAACACGUGGAACAUCAUUGUUUCGUCAUGCUGCUACCAAUUUAGUUUCCAUCUUUGCAGCUAUCAUUGAAAUUUUAUUGCUCAAUUUAUUUAUUUAUACACCAUUUGCACAGUCUUUCAUGGAAACUCAAUCACCACCAAAUGAGCAAAAUUAUAUCGCUGCAACAAUUGCUAAUUACGCAUUGUGA